AUGACUGGCGAACGAAAGACUUGGCUCAUAACAGGCUGCUCGAGCGGUUUUGGCGCUCUAUUUGUUCACCAGCUUCUUGCCCAAGGCGACAAUGUCAUUGCUAGUGGGCGUAAUGCCGAGGAAAAGCUUGUUCACCUGAAAGAUUCCGGGGCAACUAUCCUAGAUCUCGAUGUGGCCUCACCUCCAGACAUUAUUGGGGCCAAAAUGGCUGAAGCAUGGAAUUUAUAUCCUGGUGGCAUCGACGUAGUAGUUAACAAUGCUGGCUAUAUUUCGAGUGGCUUAUUCGAGGAGUUGUCGCAGCAGGAUAUAGAGCAAGCUUUCAAAACUAAUUUUCAGGGUCCGAUAAACAUUACCCAAGCCUUGCUCCCUCGUUUUCGUGUCAGAGGCUCGGGUACUUUCUUGUAUAUGAGUUCACAAUCUGCUUGGCAUCCUGAUAUUUCUGCUACUGCAUAUUGCGCCACUAAAUCCGCUUUAGGAGUUGCCAUUGAGUGUCUUGCUAAAGAAUUGGCAAUAUUUGCCCCGGGCAUUAAAUUAAUCUUAGUUGAGCCCGGGUAUUUUCGUACUCAGGUUUUCACUAAAAUCAAUCGCGCAAAGCCUCUUAAAGCAGAGUUCGCUGAAUUCAAUUCUACUGUGUGGGCCACGCAGGAUAGUAUUACAGGCAACGAACUUGGAGACGCUUCUCGGGCGGUAUCAAUUAUGAUCGAUCUCGUUAAAGGAACUGGAGUAGCAGCUGGGAAGACAUUGCCAUUACGGAUCCCACUAGGGAGUGACGGCUGGGCUAGGAUAAGGACGAAAUGUGAAGACAUGGUAAAAGUAUGUGACGAAUGGGAGGAUGUAGCGAAGAGUACGGAUUUGAAAUAG